AUGAAGUGCAAUAAGGAAAAUUUUCGCCUUACUUUGCUUUAUUAUUUCCGUAAAGGAAAGAGCGCAGUGCAACGAGCCAAAAAGUUACCUGAUGUGUAUGGUAACGAAUUCCUUAAAGAAAGGCAAUGCCGAAAUUGGUUUGAAAUUUUCCGUUCUGAAGAUUUUUCUCUUAAAGAUGACCUACGUUCAGGUCGACCAGUUGAGCUUAAUGAUGUUGCAAUCAAAACCAUCACCGAAGCGGUUCGUCAUAUAACUGCACGGGAUUUUGCAGACAAAUUAAAUGUCUCACAUAUAGCCAUUGAGAGGCAUUGAAAACGUGUCGCUCACGUUAAAAAGCUGGAUAUUUGGGUUCCGAAAGAUUUGAAAGAAACUCAUCUGACAAAACCUUUCCGCGCUUGCAAAUUAUUGCUUAAAUGCUAUGAAUUCGAUCCAUCUUUAAGGCGAAUCAUCAUUGAAGACGAAAAGUGGAUUGUGUACAACAAUUUCAAUCGAAAACGAUCGUGAUGCACGCCAAAUGAGUCAUCGCAAAGCACUUCAAAACGCGUAUCCAACAAAUGAAUAUAUUGCUGUCAAUUUGGUGGGAUUGGAAAAGUCCGGUAUAUUUUGAGCGGCUUCGAAAAAACCAAACAAUUAAUCCGGAUAUCCGCUGUCUGCAACUACACAAAUUGAAUGCAGCGGUCAAGAAAAAAGCGACAAGAAUUAGUCAAUCGUAAAGGUGUAAUUUUCUACUAGGGCCAUGCUAGGCCGCAAACGUCUUUGGCUAUUCUGCAAAAAUUGAUUGAUAUUGGUUGCGAAUUGAUUUUACACACACCAUAUAGCCCUGAUCUCGCGCCAUCGUAUUACCACUUAUUUCAAUCCCUGGACAACUUU